AGAUUUAUAUAAUAUUUUACAACAAGAUAUAAAUAAUGCAUAUGUUGUAGAUUUAGAAUUUUUAUCAUCUAUUAAAAGUAAAGUUAAAGGAAUUUAUAGUGCUUUAUCUUAUGUCAUGCCAGAAGUAUUAUCUCACAAAUUAUUGUUUAUACAAAUAUCUAAUAUUUAUUUUAUAAUAGAGAUAUCUGUUGGGCAAAGACCUUUUGAUAAUAUUCCAUUUGAUGAAGGACUUGAUACAUCAAUUUGUUUGGGAUUUUGA